AUGUGGAUUGAGAUGAUUUCAAUGGACUUCCAGCGGAGUCGGCUGGAUGAUGGCAAGGACAUAGCCGGGUGCGAACCUGGGAUCCAGGGGCGUCAUUUCAUGUCAGGGAUGGCAAGCGAAAUGAACUGCAGCAUAAGCGGAGAGAGCUGGGUGAUGACGCCACGGUCCCGGAGACACCAGCGGGUCUUGACGUGUCCUUACUGCUCGUACUACACCACCAUUAGAACCAACUACUUCAAGCAUCUCAGGAAGCACACGGGAGAGAAGCCUUUUUCGUGUCCCAAUUGUUCCUACAGCUCGACCCAAAAGAGUAAUCUGGAGAGACACAUGUUCCGGUGCCCAGCAAGAGUCAAUGUGUCUGUCUGA